CUGUUCUCAGGAGCUGACGAGCAGUGCGCUUGCCCUGGCUCAUUCAAAUUGAAUGCUGGUAAAAGGAGAGUCCUGAGCAAACAGAACACUUUGGCAUCAUUGGAGGCAGGAGCAAGGUUAAGCUGGCGGCCUCAUUCUCUGCUGGUUAUUAGAUGUUUAUUUGCUGGCCUUACUGCACUCCUCAGGUAUGUUGCUGAAGCACUGAUGAGAUGACCAAUGCCUUCUAGGUCCAGGUGCUUAAGCAAUUUAGCUCUAGGGGUUUGGGUCAGUAAAGUCCCAGGCUUCGGAUGUUGUCCAAAAAUCUGCCUUGGAUAAUGUUUUGCUGGAAGAAAAAGCUCCUCCACAGAGGCAGUUUGCCUUGUAUUUUCCUUUUGUUCUUUUUCAAUGCUGCAGCUUUAACUUUGUCACAGCAAACAGAAGGAGAGCGAGCGAGUGGAGAGCUUUCUGCGGCCCACUUUCUCCAUUAGUUUGAACAAGAGGAGAGUGGCGGCAGCAGCAGCCAGUGCUCACUGGCUUUCUAGUUCUGUGCUAUAGGAAUAAAGACACUGUAGGGCAGUGAACCUGAACUUAGCCCAUUCAUCCAUACUGCAUUGAGUGAUUGCAUGGAGUGGAGUCAAAUGCCACUUGAGGGUGAGGAGCACGCAUCAUCUUGCAUUCCUGCUGGCUAUGUCAGGAAAGACCCGUAAUAGACUCCACUAAGUGAAAGCCACAGGACCAAGUCUUCGGGCUGGCCGCCUCCCUCAGGAACCUGGGGCUUGAACCAGGUGCCACCCUAUGGAUGGGAGAUGAUGACAAACCGAGAUGGACGUGACUACUUCAUCAAUCACAUGACACAGGCAAUCCCAUUUGAUGACCCUCGGUUUGACAGCUGCCAAAUCAUUCCCCCAGCUCCACGGAAAGUGGAGAUGAGGAGAGACCCCGUGCUGGGCUUCGGUUUCGUGGCAGGGAGUGAAAAGCCAGUGGUUGUUCGCUCAGUGACACCAGGUGGCCCCUCAGAAGGCAAGCUGAUCCCAGGAGAUCAGAUUGUAAUGAUUAAUGAUGAGCCAGUCAGCGCUGCACCAAGAGAGCGGGUCAUCGACCUGGUCAGAAGCUGCAAAGAAUCGAUCCUGCUCACUGUCAUUCAGCCUUACCCUUCUCCCAAAUCAGCAUUUAUUAGUGCUGCAAAAAAGGCAAGAUUGAAGUCCAAUCCAGUCAAAGUGCGCUUUUCCGAAGAGGUCAUCAUCAAUGGUCAAGUGUCGGAAACUGUUAAAGACAAUUCACUUCUUUUUAUGCCAAAUGUUCUGAAAGUCUAUUUGGAAAACGGACAGACCAAGUCCUUUCGCUUUGACUGCAGCACCUCCAUCAAGGAUGUCAUCUUAACCCUCCAAGAGAAGCUGUCUAUCAAAGGCAUUGAGCACUUCUCCCUCAUGCUGGAGCAGAGAACUGAAGGGGCCGGGACCAAGCUGCUCUUGCUUCAUGAACAGGAGACACUUACUCAGGUGACACAGAGGCCCAGCUCCCAUAAGAUGAGGUGUCUUUUCCGGAUCAGUUUUGUCCCCAAGGAUCCCAUUGACCUGUUAAGGAGAGAUCCAGUUGCUUUUGAAUAUCUCUAUGUUCAGAGUUGUAACGACGUCGUUCAGGAGCGAUUUGGACCAGAGCUAAAAUAUGACAUUGCCUUGCGGCUGGCCGCGUUACAAAUGUACAUCGCCACUGUCACCACCAAACAGACGCAAAAAAUCUCCCUCAAAUACAUUGAGAAAGAAUGGGGACUAGAAACUUUUCUUCCGUCCGCUGUGCUGCAGAGCAUGAAAGAGAAGAACAUCAAGAAAGCACUCUCCCACCUUGUCAAAGCCAAUCAAAACUUGGUACCACCGGGUAAAAAGCUAUCUGCACUGCAAGCCAAGGUCCACUAUCUCAAGUUCCUCAGUGACCUGCGACUGUAUGGGGGCCGUGUGUUCAAGGCAACGUUAGUGCAGGCAGAGAAGCGCUCAGAAGUAACUCUUCUGGUUGGUCCUCGGUAUGGCAUAAGCCAUGUGAUAAACACCAAAACCAAUCUGGUGGCUCUUUUAGCUGACUUCAGCCAUGUCAACAGGAUUGAGAUGUUUACAGAAGAGGAGAGUUUGGUGAGGGUGGAGUUGCACGUGCUAGAUGUGAAGCCCAUCACACUCCUUAUGGAGUCAUCAGAUGCCAUGAACCUGGCCUGUCUGACGGCUGGAUACUACCGGCUGCUGGUGGACUCCAGGAGGUCAAUAUUUAAUAUGGCCAACAAGAAAAAUGCAGGCACGCAGGACACAGGAACAGAAACUAAAGGCAAACAUAAUCUUCUUGGCCCUGAUUGGAACUGUAUGCCACAGAUGACUACCUUCAUUGGCGAGGGGGAACAAGAAGCCCAAAUCACAUAUAUAGAUUCUAAGCAGAAGACAGUUGAGAUGACAGACAGCACCUUGUGUCCCAAAGAGCACCGACACUUAUAUAUCGACAACACAUACAGUUCAGAUGAACUUAGCCAGCCACUGACUCAGCCAGGUGAUGCACCCUGUGAGGCCGACUAUAGAAGCCUAGCUCAGCGGUCCCUGUUGAGCCUCUCAGGACCAGAUACUCUGAAGAAAGCCCAGGAAUCUCCGCGAGGAGCUAAAGUGUCCUUUAUUUUUGGAGAUCUUGCCUUAGAUGAUAGCAUGAGUCGCCCAGCUCUAAGCUAUGAAAGACUGUUAGAGGAGAAUCCAGACAUGCUAGAGCAGCAGAGGAAGCUCUACAUCAGCAGUGCCAAUGACCUGAAAAACCUGGACCUCGCUCCAGACACAGACAGUAUCCAGUUCAUGACAAAUUCUGUAUAUGCAAAUAUAGGUGAUGUGAAGAACUUUGAGGCCCCUGCGGGGAUAGAGGAGCCCCUGUUACAUGACAUCUGUUAUGCAGAAACCACUGACGAUGCAGAAGAUGAAGAUGAGGUGAGCUGCGAGGAGGACCUCGUAGUGGGUGAGAUGAACCAGCCAGCCAUCCUUGACCUGUCAGGCUCAAACGAUGAUAUCAUUGACCUCACGACCCUGCCUCCUCCAGAAGGAGAUGACAAUGAGGAUGACUUCCUCCUGCGUUCUCUGAACAUGGCCAUCGCUGCUCCCCCACCUGGCUUUAGAGACAGUUCUGAUGAGGAGGACACUCAGAGCCAGGCAACAUCCUUCCAUGAGGACAAGGAGCAAGGCAGCAGCCUGCAGAAUGAGGAGAUCCCUGUGUCCCUCAUUGAUGCUGUGCCCACCAGCGCAGAGGGCAAGUGUGAGAAGGGACUGGACUCUGCCGUCGUUUCCACACUGGAUGCCCUAGAAGCUCUUUCAGAAGAACAGCAGAAGAGUGACAAUUCAGGUGUAGCCAUCUUGCGGGCUUAUAGUCCCGAGUCUUCAUCAGACUCAGGCAAUGAGACUAACUCUUCUGAAAUGACAGAGGGUUCUGAGCUAGCUGCAGCACAGAAGCAGUCAGAAAGCCUCUCCCGCAUGUUCUUGGCCACUCAUGAAGGCUAUCGCCCUCUGGCAGAAGAGCAGACAGAGUUCCCCACCUCCAAAGCCUCCUCAGGGGGCUUGCCUCCAAAGUCCUCCCAUGGCCUGGCUGCUCGCCCAGCGACCGACCUCCCACCCAAAGUUGUGCCUUCCAAGCAGAUCCUUCACUCAGACCACAUGGAAAUGGAGCCAGAAACCAUGGAGACCAAGUCGGUCACUGACUAUUUUAGCAAACUGCACAUGGGGUCAGUGGCAUAUUCCUGUACCAGCAAAAGGAAAAGCAAACUUGCUGAGGGAGAGGGGAAAGCCCCCCUGAAUGGGAAUGCACAAGGGAAAAAACAGCAAGGAACCAAAAUGGCAGAGAUGGAGGAGGACACCAAAGGCAAAGGUGGCACUGUGUCUUCUAGAGACAGUCCACACCUCAGCACUUUUAACCUGGAGAGAACUGCCUUUCGCAAGGACAGCCAAAGAUGGUAUGUGGCCUCUGAUGGUGGGGUGGUAGAAAAAAGUGGAGUGGAAGCACCAGCUAUGAAAUCCUUUCCCAGAGGUCUGGGGAACAGAGAAGCUGAAGGAAAGGAGGAUGGCACGGUGGAAGGAGAGGCUGAUGAUGCUUCAGGACUUGGCCAAGGGGACCGCUUCCUAACAGACAUGGCCUGUGUGGCCUCAGCCAAAGACUUAGACAACCCUGAAGAUGCUGACUCGCCCACUUGUGACCAUGCCACUAAGCUUCCUGAGGCUGAAGACAGCGUGGCCCGCCUUUGUGACUAUCAUUUGGCCAAGCGAAUGUCAUCCCUGCAGAGUGAGGGCCAUUUUUCUCUACAGAGCUCUCAAGGCUCUUCGGUGGACACAGGCUGUGGCCCAGGCAGCAGUAGCAGUGCCUGUGGCACUCCUGUGGAAUCGCCCCUCUGCCCCUCCAUGGGGAAGCACCUGAUUCCAGAUGCUUCUGGGAAAGGCAGCAGUUAUAUUUCACCAGAGGAGAGAGCCCCUGGCCAUCCCAACCAUGGAGCAACCUUCAAGGAAUUGCACCCACAGAAUGAAGGGAUGUGUCCACGCAUGGCAGUGCCUGCUCUGCACACAGCCAUUAACGCUGACCCCCUGUUUGGCACUUUGAGAGAUGGAUGCCAUCGACUGCCCAAGAUUAAGGAAACCACAGCUUUGACAGAGCCUGGGAAGGAGAGACAAGGAGGCAUGCCUUCAGCUUGGCCUCAACAUUCUGAAGCUGAUCCCAUCCUGCAACCAUCAAAUAUUCACUUGGAAUCAAAGGUGCCAAGCCCAAAUCAAGACCCUAAUGAUUUCUCCCAAGCAAAACAGGCAUACGGAGAGGCUGUGAGCUGGCGGCCAGCAGAUCUGAGAGGGGGGAGCCUCAAGACACCCCCCAGCCAGAGGGCUCUCAGACAUAGCAGCAGUGUCAUCUCAGGACCCGUAGGUUUGGAGACCUUCCAAGAAAGAACCAAGAGUGCAGUCAGCUUGAAGUACCCAGGUAUCACAGAAGCACAGGAGGCCAGUUCAGAAAGACAAGCAGAACUCCCCCUUGGGAAGAAGCUCACCAAAAGUUUUUCCCAAAGCUCGAUGCACUUUAUCUCGGAGGGAAAGUUUCACAAAAGGUCCCCAGUAUCUCAUAAAGAUUCAAAGGUGUAUAGGACCCUACCCUUGCGGAAGCUGGAGGGCAAGAACUGGAGAUGCCGAGGACCCUUCAGCUACUGUUUUCUGAACCAAGGGAAGGAUGAAGAUGGAGAUGAGGAUGAGGAUGAAGAGGAGGGAGAGGCCACUCUUCAGGUCUCUUGUCUCUACCAACCACAGAUAACUCAAGCCAUGCAGGAAUCAAGUAACUCAUCCCCAGUUGUUGGACUGCAGAAGCAAGGAGAACUGUCCAGAGGGCCAGUACUGAAGGUCUGGACAGAAGACCCAAGUGGCCCAGAUGACUUGGACUUCAGCAGUCUGGCUUUUGAUGCCCAGAUUGCAAGAAUCAAUGCCCUAAAGGCUAACACAUAUGGAAUGCCCGAUGGGUUUCUCGAAGCCCAGAAUGAUGCCAAUGAGCUGCUCUGCCUUGUCAGGGCAACCAAGGCAAAGAGGGAAGAGUCACACCCUGAAGCAUAUGACCUUACACUUGCUCAGUACAAGCAACUGUUAUCCAUUGAGUCCAGACAGUUGGGAAGUGCCUGUAGGAAAAUGGCAAUGGCCGAGAAAAGCCCAGAAGAGAUGCUCCUAGCUAUGAGUUCCAGUUUUCAAGUGCUCUGUUGCCUAACAGAAGCUUGCAUGCGGUUAGUUAAAGUUGUGAACUCUGAAACACAGCGGCAGGAAAUUGUAGCGAAGAUUGAUGAGGUGGUCAUAAACUAUAUUUGUCUCCUGAAAGCUGCUGAGGCAGCCACUGGCAAGAGCACUGGGGAUCCUAGUAUUGGACUAUCGAUGCGACAUUCAACCACCAUGGCCGCUCUUGUAAGCACACUAACACGUUCUCUCAAGAUGCUUUUAAAUAAAUAAAUAAAUAAAUAUGAAAGUCACAUCAUAAUCUACCUUUGCAAAGCCAUACAUGAACUUUUCUUUACUUUCUGUGUAUAAUGAACAGAUGUCUCCUUUCUUCUCUCUGUAUAUUUUGUUCUUUUAUAUAAAAUAGGAGAUAGAAGUUACAUUAAUGAAAUGUUGAAAUGUCCUAAUCAGAUGUAUUCUGUUUAUAUUAUACAUAUAUAUAUACAUGUAAAAGGAAUAUAUGAGAAAAUGAUGGCAUUUGACUAUUUUUCAUAUAGUCAAAACUCCAGGCAUAUGAUGUGAAAUUUUAAAUUCUACCAUGUUAGAGAAAACAAUAAAUCCUAUCCCCUCUCCUUCCAAAUGGAUAGUUGGAGGCCCUAUCAUUCAUAUUUAGAAGUAACAGUCAAAAGAAAAAUAGAAAUCAAAAUGUACAUAAAACAGUACCUGUGUUUUAAAAUUAUGAUUUUUAAGCAUUGGAAGUAGCAAAAGAUAUUUAAAAUUCAAGAAACUAUUAUGAAUUAUUAGAGAAUAUAUAUAAUAAAUUAACUCUUUGCUCAUAGUGUUUUGUUAUUCAAUGCUUUCUUCCAAGAAUUCCCACAUAUUCAAUUUUGGUUGCUUUAUGCUAUUUGGGCUACAGAUGGACAGGGGGAUGGGCAGAUUCCAUUGGGUCAGCAUAAAUGUUCUUUAUAGUACUUCCAAACUUAAAAAGUUCCCCAAAUAGAAGAAGAGGGGACAUGAUGGGCAGGAUCCGCAGCAAUAGCUAAAGGUAUUCGUUAUCUAAUUACAUAAAAUAAAUGGAAUUAGUAAUACCAAAAUUAAAUUGUUCAAUGAAAAGAGAAAUCUGCUUUGGCUCAGUAUAAAAAAAAUACAUAAACCAAAGGCAUUAUUUUUAUUUCAACUCAACCAUGAAGCUUACAGUUUCCUUUAAAUAACACCUAGUAAAGUAUUUUUAGAAUUACACAAAAGCAAAUGAUUCAAUGAUCACAAAAAGUGUAGACCCAGUAAUGUAAAUCAGACAGCACACCAGCACCUGGAAAGCAUAGCUCAGCCUUCAGCUCCUAGCCAUCAGCUUCAUGAAGGGCCUUUUGUGGCACCUCUACAACAGGAGCAUGGCU